CUUCUCACAUCUAGUCAGUCGCCAGAAUCAUGUAACGGCGAGGACAGUUGCAGGAAGAGAAAGAAGUCUUUUUCGGAUCCUGAGGACACCAGUGAUUCUCUGUGUAAUCAGUAUGACUCUUCUGAGGAGGUUUCUUCAAGUCGUAAUUCAAACUCUUCAAGAGCUCUAAUUGCUGAUUAUGAUGAUAGUCUCAUGAGCAAGAGAGUCGUGAAGAACAGAACGGUAAGACGAGAGCUGAGGAGACAACAGCGGAUAUUUUCAGAAAGAAUAUGUGAAGUCUGUAAGCAAAAGAUGCUUCCAGGAAAAGAUGCGGCAGCAAUACUUAACUUAAAGACAGGAAAUCUUGUGUGCGGCAGCAGAAACCUCUUGGGGGCGUUUCACCUCUUUCACGUGUCUUGUGUUGUACAUUGGUUUCUCUUCUGUGAGAGUGAAAUACUUGGGAGCAAGAUGGUGAGUGGAAAAGGCAAAAAGAGAUGCACAAAGCAUAAUGGUCAGACUGGUGUGAAGUGGAAUCAGUUGGCAAACGACGUCAGCUGGCAAAUAUUUUCGGUGUUCUGUCCAGAAUGCCAAGGUACCGGCAUAAACAUUGAAGGAGGUGUGAUUGAGAGAGACACGUUUCCGCUUUCUCAGACAUGGAGGUUCCAGGUGAAAGUGAGCGAAGGUAGAAAAGCAUGGGUGAAAAAUCCGGAGAGGUUGGAGAAUUGCUCAACAGGAUUUCAUUUUCCGCAGCAGCCUGAUGAGUCUGGUCAGGUUCCGGUUCAGGAGGAGAGGGUACAGAUGAUGAAGCUGGUUCGUUUCUACCGAGUGGAGUUGUAAUGUAGGAAACAACUCAUUUCCUCCUAUGUAAAUAAGGGCUUCGUCUCUCACGUUUUACAGUUCUCUGUAAAUUUACAAUUACUUUGUUUACUAUCUCUGAUUGAUUACUACUUUGAAGCCCAUUUCACUC